AGUGCUGGAAGGAGGGGGCGGGGGUGGCCCAGUGCAAAGUGCAUCCCGAAAGCCCCCUGUCGGGACACCCCGCUGCUGACACUUCGGACCUGGUACGAUUUGGGGUCUCCCUGUCCCCAGACCUCUUGAGUCCCUCGGUAGCUGGAAGCCUCCGGCCCGGCGCGCGGCAGACCCUUGGUCUGAGCCCCUGGACUGGGACUGCCCCCCCCCCAACCCGAGCCGGCACUUCCUCCCUGCACCCCUUCCCGGAGGCUGCUCCUGAGACCAAGACCGCCACCUCCAACCGGAUCGGCUAUCUGGAUGCUCUCCGGGCUGGGGCCGUGAAGCACCGAGGAGGAUCAGGAACACGGUGUCCGGCCCUGCCUGGGGUGUUUCUUCAAUGGAGAAGUUGGUGAAUGUGGAGGAGGCUGAAAGGAGAGAGAGGAGCUGCAGCUGAAGGGACAGGUUUGAGCUGGCUGGAGGACACUCGUGAGCAGAAGGGGAUCUACCCACCCAACGGAGAAGCAGCAGCGAGACUGCUUUGGACCGGCAUCCUCUCUAAAGAGAAUUUGCUAGAUUGAAAUGUAAGCACCUAGUUCAUGUGGUCACAUUUCUGCUGCCUAUUUUGUUGCUGCCUCCAAAAAUGCCCUCAAGGUGAAGGAAACUCUUGCUCCGAGGCCUGGACACGCUGGGAACCCCUUCCCCACGAUGCUGCUUGUGCACAAUGGUCAUUAGGCGACCUGUCUACCAAGAGAAGAGUCAUUCUUCUGUAAGGCUGAUUCCUUUGACCUAAUGACUGGUUGGUGAAAAGCGGACUCUGCUAGGAUGUUACACCACCACUGUCGGAGGAACCCUGAGCUCCAGGAAGAAUUGCAGAUUCAGGCUGCAGUAGCUGCCGGGGAUGUUCACACAGUACGAAAGAUGCUGGAGCAAGGCUAUUCCCCAAAUGGCCGAGAUGCCAAUGGCUGGACCUUGCUCCAUUUCUCUGCAGCAAGAGGAAAGGAGAGAUGUGUUCGGGUGUUUCUAGAACAUGGAGCUGAUCCUACGGUUAAGGACUUAAUCGGAGGCUUCACCGCUCUGCAUUACGCAGCCAUGCAUGGCCGGGCCCGGAUCGCACGACUGAUGUUAGAGUCUGAAUACAGGAGUGACAUUAUUAAUGCAAAAAGCAAUGAUGGCUGGACUCCUCUCCAUGUGGCUGCCCACUAUGGUAGGGACUCAUUCGUCCGGCUCCUUCUGGAGUUCAAGGCUGAGGUCGACCCCCUCAGUGAUAAAGGUACAACCCCGCUUCAGCUUGCCAUCAUCCGGGAGAGGUCCAGCUGCGUGAAAAUCCUGCUGGAUCACAACGCCAACAUCGACAUUCAGAACGGGUUCCUGUUGCGCUAUGCUGUGAUCAAAAGCAAUCACUCUUAUUGCCGCAUGUUCCUUCAGAGAGGGGCAGACACAAACUUGGGGCGCCUGGAAGACGGACAGACUCCUUUGCAUUUGUCUGCCCUUCGCGAUGACGUGCUCUGUGCGCGGAUGUUGUAUAACUAUGGAGCGGACACGAACACAAGGAACUAUGAAGGUCAGACCCCACUGGCCGUUUCAAUAAGUAUUUCAGGAAGUAGUCGGCCAUGUUUGGAUUUCUUACAAGAAGUCACAAGACAACCCAGAACCCUGCAGGACCUGUGCCGAAUUAAAAUUCGACAGUGUAUAGGCCUUCAAAACCUGAAGCUGCUUGAUGAACUACCAAUUGCCAAGGUCAUGAAAGACUACUUAAAACACAAAUUUGAUGAUAUCUGAUAUACCUGGACUGUGAACAAGAUUAAGAGUUAUUCCAGAUACUUAAGAGGCUUUGGGCCUUGCACAAAGUAUAUCCUAUGCAAUUUCUGAUUUGCUGUGAAGUCAGAAGGCAGGUAUACACUUUUAGGGUUUUUGUUUGUUUGCUUUUCAUUUUAGGGGAGGGAUUUUUUUAUAUAUAUAUAAACACACACACCACACGCUUGAAGGUCUUAAUUUGGUUUUUUGGUCCAAGUCUAUGAGGUCCAAGCCUUUCUAUAAAAUAAUGCAUUUAGAAAAAUGGUUUUUCCUAAAUGCACCAACACAGGCAGGUUUAAAGUGGAAGGUUUUCCCCUUUAGUGCUCCGGUUUCAUUGGUGAACAAGGUACUAAGAAACCAGUAGAACACUUGUCAAGUCUGGAGGUCUCAGGCUCACCCAGCAGAUCCUGGGUGACGCUGGAAAAUGCCCUACGAAGAAACUUACAGUGAUGCUAUCACCUCCCUCAUUCAUUUUUAAUGAGUACAGAUGAGCUGUUUAAAAAUUCUUUUUUUCUCUUCUAAUUAAUGUAGCUUUCCAAUGGGGGAAAAAAAAAAACCAGUACCUCUGCUUCCUUUUGGUGUGCGCUUAUUUUUAAAUUAUUCUUUUUAAACAACUGUAGGACACUACUCUGAGACAUUGUGUUUCAAUUCCUCUCUCUCUUGUUGAACUGUACUUUUAAAACGAGAUUAACGGGGAACAGAAUUAACUUUUUAAAGCCAGUGUCUUCUGUUUUUCUAAAAAACAGUGCCUAUUGUGCAACUCUCUCUGUGUGUAGUUUCUCGAUCUCUCACCCGUCCCUUUCCGCGCCGGCCUCCUCUCAGCCCACCACGCAGGACCACCCCUUCCAUUCCCACCACAGACCCGCAGUGUGUCACCUCAACCUCCAUUUUAAGUUUUGGUUUUCAUUUUAAGGAACAAAUUUCAUAUCCUGGUGAUACAGUGUUUUCUAGAAAUAGCCCACAUUCUUGCUAAACCAUUUGAUUUUGGUGAUUAAAUAAUUUGGGGUAGUUUCAUGGUGGUUUUUUUUUUCACCCCUUUCCUGGUAAUAUGUAUACAUUUAUAUUUUAAGGGUAAAAAUCUCUAAAGGGCACUCUUUUAUGAGCCUGGCAAAUUGCUGGUAUGCUAAUUAAAUAUUUCCUGUUUGGAAGGUAGGUACAGUAAAGCUCUUCAAGACAAAUGUGUUCUUUUCUGAGUGGGUUGUCCAAGAUAAACCCAGAUGUGGUGAAGUACCAGUAGCAAGGGAGGAGGUCCCGUAGGCCCAAGGCAUCAGGGAUCUACCCCUGACACAUGCUCACUGCUUCAUUCGUCAUCAUGUUAGUGUGAAGAGAUCCUUUCCAAGUGCCCCGAUGUCAUUCUUAGUGCCGUGACAAAUUUUUAAAAUAUUUAUAACUGUUGAUAAAUUUGCUAUCAGAAGUUUGCAAGGUAAGGGCUUCUCCUUUCUUGUCAGAACUGCCAGUUUGGGGGCACCAAGCAUAAAACUCUUUUACCCCAAAAUGUGAAACUCAGCUUCACCGGGUUCAGGCCAACAAUGCUGUCUUCUUAAGCCCAGAGUUUGUCAUUUUGGCUGCAAAGUAGCUGUGCCGUCAGAACACGGAAUCUGCGUACACCUAGAUGGCACUCAGACUCCCGAACAGGCAGCUUGGGCAAGAAAGAUGAUUCAGGGACUCGCUCGUGUGGCCUGUAGACUCCUUCAGCAAGCCAGGGAGCACACAACCAGAGUUAGAGCUGGCCCCUCAAUAGAGCUGGGAACCCAGUGGACAGGCCUGGCUGUUUGCUGUGACCUUGUCUGGAAGGUCAUCUCUAUGGAGAUCCCCCUGCGAAGACGGCUGUGCAGCUGUGUUCUCAUUCUUUAUUCAGGACCCAGAUGAGCUAGAGGCUCAUGAACAACCUGGGGAACACAGAGUGACCAGUUACCUGAGUGUAACUUCUGCUAGAACCCCAAGCCCAGCAAGGGAAGUGGAGGGAGGGAGCCUGGAGUCUGCACUCUGAGCUGCCAUGUUAGUGUCCCGGUUGCACAGGACUCUGUGUGUGUGUGUGUGUGUGUGUGUGUGUGUGUGUGUGUGUGUGUAUGUGUGUGUGAGUGUGUGUUAAUUUAUUCAGCAAGUUGAUGACACUCAUUCCCCAGCCAUUCAGAGGGUUCUGAACCAAGCCAUGAGAUUGAGUCAGGGAAUCCCAGGUAAAAAAGAUCAUAUUAAGGCAAAUUCUUUGUUCUGUGUGCUGCUGUGACUUCAGAAAAAAAAAAUUAUGAGCGCUCUUCUUGAAAUUGAAAAUUCUAUUUAAUGAAGAAGUGUAUAAUUCCAUUAUUUAUUGUUUGAGAUUUGAUUUAUCUGGAAGCGUAAAAGAAUGUUCUUUGUUUAGUACUAGAACCCCAGACAUACACUGUAUCUUAUGGUGACUGAAAGGCUGUAUAGUUGCUGACGUGGCCCAGGUGACAUGCAGGUCUGCACUUGACUCUGAUUAUCUGAGAACCGGUCUCUGGCCAUGAGGAGAGAAAAACAAGCGUUUUCCGAAGCUUGGCCUAUUGGCUAUUCCAGAAUCUUGACUCAAAAUUUGCCACUGAUUCUUUUGUGUUUCUUUUGAAAUGUAUUAUUUAAGCCUAUCCCGGAAAUUUUAUAAAAUGCAUUUGGCAAAUACACCAAAGAAACCAGCUCAUAAAAGAUUAUGAUCAUUAAUGAACUGCAAACCUCAUCUUUUGCAAACAAGGGUGUUUCUUUGUAAAUAUUUGUGUUUAUAAAUGUACAGCAGAGUAAGAGUGGUUUUUUUUAGAUUAUUUAAUUCCCAUAUUUCUAAACUAUUUACUACAGAAUAACCCGUGCUCAUUAGUUUGGACGACUUGAUUGUUUUUUUUAAUUGAUUAUCAGUCAUGCUUGGAACAGCGUCUCGCUGGAAAAGGCAGCAUUGUGCAGUGGCGGGAGUCACUGUUUGAGCAUGAGGGAGUCUAGACUCACACCCUCGUAAGACACAAGAAAGUGUAGCUUAAUGACCAGAGUGGACCAUACGAAAGCGCCUCUAACUUCCCUACUGAAUCACUCGUUAGCCCGGGAUGGGAUUGGGACAAGGCCGUUUGCCCACAAAUUUAGCUUUCAUGUAACUCCCAGUGUGUUGUAUCAUAAUAUAUUCUGUUCUUUCUUUGUAAUGUAAGUUUUGCUUUGGGUCAAUUUGAAUUAAAAAAAAAAAUCUUAA